CUCUCACUAAAGGUCGCAAAAACCGAAAUAUCACAUAUGGUUUCAAAUAUUAGAUAAUUUGGUGGUGAUCUUUAUUAAAUUCUAAUUCAAUUUUGAAAUAACAGUUAUGUGUAGAUAAAGCGAUACUAUUACACGAUUUAAAUAAUUAGCAUGCUCGGAAUACAUUUGCUAUUUGCAAAUAAACGAUAAGUGUUGCAUCUGGUGAUAUAUAUUGCGUAUCGCAUUAUACUGUUCAGAAUAUGUGCAGAGGGAUGCAUAUUUAAUACUUUAUACUAAACAGCUAAGGCAGAACUAGGAUUGCGAGAUAGCAGCAAAAGCAGGGGUCAGCAUCAUGUCAAAUGUCACCAGAUACAUAAUUCUGUUUGGAAUCGUCGUUUUCCUUGGGACGUGUAUUUACUUGCUGGAGAACAACUUUACCUUACAGAACGUUACAGGAUUUAUUUAUCAAACUUCAUCUGGUAAGGAUGUUUCCAGCUUUUAUUCGCAUGACUUUCGUGAACAAAUUUAUCUCGUGACGAAAGGCUUCGAUGUGUCCACCCAAGGCUACAGACAGAAUGUCAACAUAAGAGCGAGCUUUCAGACGACGCCUCACUAUAAAAAUAACCCGAUUUUUCAUGUAAACGGAUAUAACAUUACAGACGAGACACUAUACCUUUUUGGUUACAUGGACAAAAACAAUUCAACGAGUCCAGUGAGGUUAAGCGGGCUUUCAAAUUUGUUAAAUAUCAUAAAACCGUAUAUAAAACAAGACAAUAAAUUAAAACAUAUAUACUUACCACACAAACAUUAUUUUCAUCAUUCCAGAAUAGUUACUGAUGUAAACUGCAACGCUAUAUUCCAAGGAGAUAAACAUGAAAUAAAACGUGCAGAGAACAUUACACAAGUUAGAAAUUUCCUUCAUCCUCAAAACUACUCAGAAAUGACAAAGAACUGCUCACAUUUUAGACGUCUGCGAGGAUAUAUUGAGCAUCAUUUAACGGAAGUUGAACGCAACUUUCCAAUAGCGUUCAGUCUUCUCAUGUUCAAAGAGAUUGAACAAUCGGAGAGACUUCUACGCGCCAUUUACAGACCACAUAACUAUUAUUGCAUACAUGUUGAUUCCAAAACAGAUCAAGCCAUAUACGACGCCAUGACUUCAAUUGCGAGUUGCCUUGAGAACGUUUUUAUGACGUCGACACGAUUUAACGUUCAGUGGGGUACAAUGACCGUUCUCGAGCCAGAUUUGCUCUGCAUGGAAGAGCUUUGGAACAAAAGUACAGCGUGGAAAUAUUUUAUAAAUCUGACUGGACAAGAGUUUCCGCUGAGAACAAACUACGAACUUGUGCGCAUUUUACAGGCAUACAAUGGAUCAAACGAUAUUGUGGGAACUAACACAAGCUGGGAUCGUUGGCAGAGAGCCGGUCCGCCACCUCACAACAUCACGGCGUUAAAGGGGUCUGUGCAUGUUGUGGUCAACAGAGGCUUUGUGGACUUCGUAUUGCACGAUCAGCGAGCCCAUGACCUAUUAAACUGGACGAGAAAGACGUACGUGCCCGAUGAAACGUAUUUUGCUACGCUCAAUCAUAACCCUCAUCUCGGUGUACCCGGCGCGUAUUUAGGGGUACCCGAGAAAGACGAUGUGAUAAAGCCAUUCAUGGCGCGAUUCAAGGAUUGGGGCGCAAGAAAGUGUCAUGGCAAACGCGUGCGUGGUGUCUGCGUCAUAGGCACAGGCGAUCUGCCGGAGCUGGCCCAGAGCAAGAAGCUAUUCGUGACAAGAAAUAUCUUUAAAAAAGAUAUACGGCGUUGAUUGUGGUCGAUGUUUUUGAACGAUCAAAAGUUAUCUCUAUGAGAUAAAAAGUAGCGGAUGCCUUUUUUUCUGCGCAGUUGUUAGCUACAUCAUAAGCAAAUCAAUUACGGGGUGUUGCGCCAGAUUUCGUGGCUUAUUUUGCUUUAUGUGAUAUUAUUACUCAGAUAUCUAUAUUUACAGAAUAGAAAAACACAAGAAACAUCAAAAUAAACGAGUGCAUAUAGGUCAGCCGGCAAUACUCGAAUCUUAUUUAAUUGCAUAAUUAUAGUAUAGCGAAUUAUUGUGGACAUGCUUAAUAAACUGGUCUAAAUGGAUAAAUAUUUCUAAUUAAUUUUAUCAAAAUUGGUCCUUAUCAUGCAAAUUUUGAAACCAUAUUAAAAAUCGAUGAUUGACAUACCACAAUAAUAUCGCAGAAUAUCUUUAUUUAGUAUCUUUCUGAUCAAAACAGACUUCAAGUGCACAAAGUUUACGAGACGGCGUUUAUAUAAAGAUUUCUGCAACUGACCGCAAACUGACCUUGAUACCUUGCGGAUUGGAAUGCAAUGCAUUACAGUCACUACGUUAUUGUCAGUAAGACACAAUGAUCGCAACCCCUUUUGCGAACUCCGGUGAUGAACUGUAUAUAAACUCUGACUUUCACAAAAUGACCGCGUAUUGACCCGAAACCUCGCGUGUUGAAAUGCAAUGCAAGUAAGUACUAAAUAUGACAACAUAGCCUUUAGUUAAACGCUUUUGCGCUGGUAAUUCUCUGAAAAUAAAAGGUGAACGCACAAACUGUAUUUAUGUCGAAAAUUGAUUGUAAAACUGUUCUAUCUAUUGGGCCUUUUCAUUAGAGAUAAAAUUGUUUCAUGCAGUAAAACAGUGUUACAAAGACGCGGAUAUGUUUCCAAUGUUCUGGUGUUAUACUCAAAUCAGCCAAUGGAAUAAAUGAAGUGUAUUCAUUCGUACCUAGCCGCGGGAAAUUUUAUUUGAGUAUUAUUGGACACUUACAAAGGUCAAGUCAGGGUGAAAAGCUGGCUUAUUCAG